UUAGCUAAGUUCAGUAGUUGAAACGUUGCUAAUAAAUAAAAAUCGAAAUGCAUUCUGUUGAGAUUUUGGAAACGCCCGAUAAAUCAGAAAAUGAUAAAAAAUUAUAUCGUGUAAUUCGGCUGGAAAAUGGGCUAAAAGCUCUUUUAAUUUCGGAUCCAAAACAAAAAACUGCAGCAAUUACCAGUGCAGUCGAGUCAGACUCAAGUGAUAAUACAGUGAGUGAGCAAACUAAUGACGAAGAAAAGGUGACAAAAUUGGCUGCAUGCUGUCUUUGCGUCGAUGUUGGUAGCUCCUCCGAUCCACGGGAGAUUCAAGGAUUAGCACAUUUUCUAGAACACAUGGUUUUUUUGGGCUCCGAAAAAUAUCCAAAUGAGGAUGAAUUUGAUGAAAUCAUGCAAAAAUCUGGUGGUCGUUCCAAUGCAGAAACUAGAUUGGAUGAAACGUUCUUUCAUUUUGAUACUCGACUAGAAUUUUUGGAUGACGCUUUGGAUUGUUUUUCACAAUUUUUCAAAGCACCACUCAUGUUAAAGGCAGCCAUGACUCGUGAACGUGAAGCAGUGGAAUCAGAGUUCGCUCUUCAUAAAAACGAUAGAGGCGUUAGGCUUGAAAGGUUAUUAUCAUCUGUGAUUGGUUCACCAUUACAUCCGUCGAGUGCUUUUACUUGUGGCAACUUGGAAACUCUUAAAAACAACAUUGCCGAUGAUGUUUUAUAUCAAAAAUUACAUGACUUUAGAAAAAGACACUAUUCCGCCAAUCGUAUGUAUCUUUGUCUGCAGUCGAGCCAACAUCUGGACGAUUUACAGGAAAUGGCAAACCGACACUUUUCAACUAUUCCAAAUAAUCACUUGGCUGGCGAUGAUUUUUCGCAAUUCAAUCACCUCAAUGCGUUUCAAUCGAAAUUCUAUGAAAAAGUCUACUUUGUAGAAUCAAUCGAUAACAUUUCACAAAUAGAUAUUACUUGGUGUUUGGAGCCGAUGAUACAACAUUUCAAAUGCAAUCCGGAUAUAUACAUCAGUCAAAUUUUAGGGCACGAAGGGGAAGGCAGUCUGUUGAGCUAUUUGCGAAAGAAAUUAUGGGCUGUAAAUUUAUAUGCGACACCCGAAACAACGAAACUAUAUUCCCUUUUCAAAAUAUACGUUCAUUUGACUGAGGAUGGAUUUGAUCAUUUGGAUGACGUUUUACAAGCAAUAUUCUCGUAUUUAAAGCUACUUCAAAUGUCCGGACCAAAUGAGCGUAUAUUCCGUGAACUUCAAACCAUGGCAUUCAAUUCAUUUCGGUUCCAAAAUGAAGAUCCUGCUUUUGAUAAUGUUGCAUCUCAAGCAAUAAAACUCAAGCAAUAUCCACUCAAAAACAUUCUGACUGGUGACACAUUAUAUUUCGAAUAUAAUGCCAAUGUCAUUCAAAAAAUAAUCGAUGAACUCAAUUCGCGCAAAUUCAAUAUCAUGGUUACAACUUCACGAAAAUACAGUGAAAAUAUCGCAUAUGAACUGACCGAAAAAUGGUGUGGCACAAUGUAUUCGGAGAUUGAUAUGCCGGAAAAAUGGUUUUUAUUAUGGAAAAAUGCAACACCGUUCCCGGAAUUUGCACUGCCCGGACCGAAUACAUUUAUUGCGGAUGAUUUUACCAUUUCAUACGAAGAAAAGCACCAAAUAUCAAAGUAUCCAACGAAAAUUCUCGAUAAUAAUUUGUGUGAAUUGUGGUUUCGACAAGAUGAUACAUUUUUGCUGCCAACGGCUUGUUAUAAUUUUUAUUUCAUGAUACCGAACGCAACAUCAACAAUUGAAAAUACGAUUCAAAUGACACUCUUGUCAAUGUUGUUGAAACAUCAAUUUGUGGAGAAAUUAUAUCCGGCCACUCUUGCGGGCUUGGAGUACAAUUGCAAUUACAUUGGUAUGGGACUUUGUCUUAAGGUUUCUGGAUUUAAUCAAAAACUACACCUAAUUGUCGAUGUAUUCUGCAAGUGUUUGAAAUCAUUAGCAGAUGAUAUUACCGAAAAACAGUUCAAGGUUUUUGUUGAGCAGUUUAUCGAUGACUCCGAAAUUGAUCUCCUGGAUACAGAAUUGCUUCGUUCGAAUGUCAUUAAAUCACAUAUUCACCCUGUAUACAAGAAAAAUCAACGCAUUCGAUCCCUAAAAUUCGCCGAAUUUCAGCAAUUUUGUCGAAAAUACGGUGAUCAGAUGAGGAUAAAGGCCUUAAUGCAAGGGAAUCUAACUGAAGAUCAUGCGCUUAACAUCAUGCAUAACGUUUUGAAUGAACUUAAAUAUGGCAAAGUCGAAGAUCUAUCGUUAUUCGAGUUGCGAACAGCCAAGUUGCCCGUUGGCGUAAAUUAUUUGCGAUGUAAAGCAUUUGAUCGCAAAGAUGUUAAUACGGAGAUUACGAAUUUCUAUCAAAUCGGUCCAAUUUCGCAUCGUACGCAAGUUAUGAUUGAUUUAUUGGCGCAGAUCGCGAGUGAACCUCUUUUCGAUACGCUUCGAACUAAGGAACAACUGUCCUAUGAUGUUACAUUUAAUCUGAAAAACGAUAAUGGAAUUUUAGGGUACAGUAUUACUGUUUUUUCACAAGAGUCGAAAUUUUCCGUUGAUUAUGUGGACGAACGAAUUGAACAUUUUCGCACUGAAUUGAUCACUAUCAUUGAAACAAUUCCAAACGAUGAUUUUGAUGCCAUCAAAGCUUCACUUUCCAAAACUAAAAUGAGCCAAGAUAAUGAAUUGAACGAAGAAGUUCGAAGAAAUUGGUAUGAAAUAACAAGCGCUGAAUAUGUAUUCGACAGGCGACACAAAGAGGUGGAGCAUUUAUCGACGAUCACCAAAUCACAGUUAUUGGAAUUUUAUCGAACAUAUCAUGACAACGAAGAGAGGAAAUUAUCAGUUCAAGUCAUUGGCAAUGUUCAAAACAAUGCAAAUGAAGUCGACACGGAUCUUGUAGAAAAUUAUGAUUCGGAAAAAUUCAAUAAUCUCAAUUAUGUGAAUUUAAUUCAAAAUUUAUUGCAGUUCAAACAAAGUCUUGACAUUUAUCCGAUCGCCAAAACAAAUUCUCCUUUAGUUUAGAUUUUAACUUUUCAUAACUGUGAAGAUGAUGUUGUCCUAGAUGUUGUCAUCAGAGAGAAAUAUGUUAGUAAAAUCAAUGAAAUCAAUUUUGAGUUUUUAUAUUUGUCACCAUUUGAUAUGAAUAAAAUACGCUUGAAUCUUAA